AUGGGCCAAACGUCGCCUACCACAAACUUCUGCUCGGAGCAAACACCUCAGCGUCGAUCACCUCGCAAAACCCUAGCUGCCGCAAGCCAGGCUAACGCCUCGCCGCCAAUACCUACCUUCGAGUUGCAGUUCUUAGAGUCGCAGGCGGAGGCUGAGAUUGUCGCGCCCACCGAGGGCAGCCGAGCUGGCACGGUGGCUACAACUGAGGCUGGAGAGGGUGGUCAGGAUGAGACAAACAGCGCACUAGUUGAGAACUUUGACGGCAUUGACUGGGCACGUUUACCUGAUUUUAUCAAGCCAUUGGCGCGUUCUAAGCGCCCAAAAAGUUGGAUCUUUCAAGAGAUGAUGAGAUUUGCCAACCCAGAGGCAGAGGCAGCGUUGUGGUGCCUGGCCAAUCAGAGCACGGGAAGCCUGAUUCACCGUGAAUACUAG